CGUCGCCAUUUUUCUUGUUGUGACGUGCUGGGAGAUCUACCUUCACGGAUCUGGAAAUCUCUGUGUGUUAUUUUAGUGUUGAACUCGACUUUCCGUUGUUUCUGUUUUAACGUUUCUUCUUAGCGAGUGUCAGAAACGAAGAAGGUGUCAUGGCGCAGUACAAAGGAGCAGCCAGCGAGGCUGGAAGAGCCAUGCAGCUCAUGAAGAAACGAGAGAAAGAAAGGGAACAGCUCGAACAGCUGAAGCAGAAGAUCGCAGAGGACAACAUGGUCAAGUCUAACAUUGAUAAGAAAUUCUCAGCUCACUAUGAUGCUGUAGAGGCUGAGCUCAAGUCCAGCACAGUUGGUCUGGUGACACUGAAUGACAUGAAGGCCAAACAGGAGGCGCUGGUGAAGGAGAGAGAGAAACAGCUGGCCAAGAAGGAGCAGUCCAAGGAACUCCAGCUCAAACUAGAGAAGCAGAAAGAGAAGAAGAGAAAAGAGGAACAAAAGAGGAAAAUAGCUAGUUUGUCCUUUAAUCCUGAAGAUGAAGAAGAUGAAGAAGAGGAGAAUGAGGAAGAAGAGCAGGACUAUGUUCCAGCUAAGAAGAAACUGGGGAAGAACCCAGAUGUGGACACAAGUUUCCUUCCCGAUCGAGACAGAGAGGAGGAAGAGAAUCGUCUCAGAGAGGAACUCAGGCAGGAGUGGGAGCUCAAACAGGAGAAGAUUAAGAGCGAGGAGAUUGAGAUUACAUUCAGCUACUGGGAUGGUUCUGGACAUCGUAAGACUGUCAAGAUGAAGAAGGGUAAUACCAUCCAGAACUUCCUGCAGAGGGCCCUGGAGGUCCUCAGGAAGGACUUCAGUGAGCUCAGGUCUGCUGGAGUGGAGCAGCUGAUGUACAUCAAAGAGGAUCUGAUAAUCCCACAUCACCACAGUUUUUACGACUUCAUCGUGACCAAAGCCAGAGGCAAAUCUGGUCCGCUGUUCAGCUUUGACGUCCACGAUGACAUUCGACUCGUGAACGACGCCACUGUAGAGAAAGAUGAGUCUCACGCAGGUAAAGUGGUGCUGAGGAGCUGGUACGAGAAGAACAAGCACAUCUUCCCUGCCAGUCGCUGGGAGCCAUACGACCCUGAGAAGAAAUGGGACAAAUACACAAUUCGAUGAAACGGCUCUCCCCUCCUCUUCUGGAAUCUCUUGUGCAAACU